AUGAUCCUGCGUGAUCAUAAAGGUACGGUCAUCUUUGCUGCCAUACGCAUGUUGUUUAACUGUGUUGAUGCCCUGGAAGCGGAGGCGGCAGCGAUGGAUGAAGGGCUCCGGCUUGCUCUCCACUGGACAAACUCACCUCUGGUAGUGGAGAUGGACUGCGCUGAGUUGUUGCAAAUGAUUCAAUCAAGAGACGUUGAUAGAUCACGGUACGUGCACCAUAUAAGAGAGAUCAGAAGGAUUCUGACUCAAGAAAGGAACAUUAGUCUAGCUAAGAUCAGCCGACAUGCAAAUGAAGCGAGUCACACCCUCGCUUGUAUGGGUCGUUCGCAGCAGCGAACUGCAUGUUGGCUUCGAAACUUCCCUGAUGAGAUAGCUAGCAUAGUCAAUUCUGAAUGUAAUCAUCUUGCUUGA